AUGCGAAGCUGCAGAAGGGGCUGUGACACCGGUUUUGGUAAUCGAUUAGCACUUAAACUAAACCGAAAUGGCUAUCGAGUGUACGCAACAGUGCUGUCCAAGCCCUCAUUUCCCUCGAACCUUUACCUGCAGUGCCUGCUGUGUGUUCACAACCUGCGUAUGUUUGUGCACUCUUUCCUACAGAAGUCGAGGGGCGAUCAACUGUGGGCACUCGUCAACAACGCCGGUCUAUUCAGUUGCGGUCACUUAGAAUGGGGUACUUUAGACACCUUUAACAAAGUGUUUGCCGUCAAUGUGUUUGGUAUGAUUCGGGUCACCCGUGCUUUCCUGCCCCUCAUUAAGGAGUCAAAGGGUCGUGUAGUGAAUAUGGUGAGUCUUGGCGGCCGGUUUACGUUUGAUUUGGGCGGACUGUACUGUAUGUCCAAACACACAAACAUUGCCUUUUGCGACGCUUUGAGACGCGAGAUGAAUAAGUUUGACGUAAAGGUGUGCACAAUAGAGCCCGGAUUGUUUGUCACACCCAUGACCACCGAUGAAUACAUCGGUCAACUCUUUACGCAAACGUGGAACCAAUCCAGCGAUGAGGUGAAGAAGUCAUACGGCAAUAGAUAUAUGGAGUGCCAGAAGAAAGUGGCCCUCAAUUUCCAGAAUCUAAAGUUACGCCCGUGA